AUGAUUGAUGGUGAAAGCAAUGCUGAGGAGGCACCGUUGUGUGCACUUAUGCUGCCUCGAGGUGGCACCGUUCCCACGGCUAUUUUGAGCGCAGCAAUCGACUUUGCCGAGCUCGAAAGAUGCAUAAUCGGCGGUGUAAUGGGUGCCUACUUGAGUUCCCAAGUUUCCGCAAUUUUCGAUGAGUUUGCCGAUAACUUCAAGGAGUUUUCUCAGCGUGAUUAUGAUUGUUUGGACUUGGAAUCGAGUGAAUUUAAGCAGGAAUUAAACGACAUUUCGGCCAAAUUUGACGACUACGAACAGCGCUUGGGAAGUGUGUUUUGCCAAGCCUUGAAUGAUUGUCCGACGGUCCAGCACGCUUCGAAGGUGCGCCCCAUUCUGUUGAGAGCAGCCGACGACCAUCCGAAACGGCAAAAGGCUGUGGCGAUGGGAGCAAAGAGCUGCCCAGCCAUACUAUCUAGGUUCCGUGCAGCUUGUAAAGAAGUGGAGGAGGUUUCGCCCGUUCACUUGAUCGACAUCUUCGUGCAGCUACGUAUCGCUUCAGUUGCUAAUGGCAUUCCUGUGGAAAACGGGAGUGAGGUAGUUAUCAAAGUUCGACGUCAUUUUCAGUCCUUCUGUCGUGAACCGUCACCGAUUCUUCCAUCCGCAGCAUGA